GAACUGGCAAACUCAGUCUACUUGGUUAUGGAGUACUGUAAUGGUGGUGACCUGGCAGACUAUCUUCACACUAUGCGGACACUUAGUGAAGACACCAUCAGGCUCUUUCUCCAGCAGAUAGCAGGUGCCAUGAAAAUGCUGCACAGCAAAGGCAUCAUCCAUCGGGACCUGAAACCACAGAAUAUCCUCCUCUCCUACGCAGGAGGCAGGAAGUCAAAUCCCAACAACAUUCGUAUAAAGAUCGCCGACUUUGGGUUUGCCCGAUAUCUGCAGAACAACAUGAUGGCAGCGACGUUGUGUGGCUCACCGAUGUACAUGGCACCAGAAGUCAUUAUGUCUCAACACUACGAUGCCAAAGCUGACCUCUGGAGUAUAGGAACCAUCAUUUAUCAGUGUCUGACAGGCAAGGCUCCCUUCCAGGCCAGCAGCCCACAGGAUCUUCGUCUUUUCUAUGAGAAAAACAAGAUGCUGAUGCCGAACAUCCCUAGGGAGACAUCAAGCCACCUGAGGCAGCUGCUGCUGGGCCUCUUGCAGCGUAAUCAUAAGGACCGUAUGGACUUUGAUGAAUUUUUCCAUCACCCGUUCUUGGAUGCAAGUGCCUCUAUGAAAAAAUCUGCUUCCGUGCCAAUGCCUUCUUAUCCCAGUUCAGGCUCCGGUAGUUCUUCCAGCAGCUCUUCUACUUCCCACCUGGCAUCACCUCCUCAGUCCCUUGGAGAGAUGCAGCAGCAGCUGCAGGAGAAGGCACUGGCAUCUCCUACCCAGGAUUCCCCUGGCUUUCUGCAUGGAUCUAAGGAAUCUGCCGGAAGCAGCAGUAAGAACUCAUCCUGUGACACAGAUGACUUUGUUAUGGUCCCAGCACAGUUCUCAAGUGAUCUAACUGCUGAGGCUGCAGGAGGGAAGCCAAUCCAGGACAGUCUGAUGUACAGCGGGAGUUCUCUGGUGACUUCAGCAGGCUUGGAAAGCCAGGGAAGGACACCAUCUCCUUCACCCCCAUACAGCAGUUCUCCUAGUCCGUCCAGCCGGCCAGGGCAGUUUUCUAGCAGCAAGUACGGACACUCCGUGCCCAUUCCGGUCCCAACGCAAAUUCAUAACUACCGGCGGAUUGAGCAGAACCUGCAAUCUCCCAAUCAGUACGCCUCUCCGCGGUCUGGUACGGUCCGGAGGUCUAGCAGUACAAGUCCUCUUGGUUUUCCUAAAACUGGUGCUUCCCCUCCUUAUCCUGGAGAGCAUGGAUCUGUGCCCAGCUCUAGAAAGCUCUCCUUCGGUGGUGCCAAGCCAUUUAUGCCAUCACCACAAGUUGGAACGAUCCCAGAGCAGCCCAGACAGACUGUUAUCCCCUCUUCUCUUGGAGCGGAAGUGAGAAGCCGGAUUCCUGUUGCCGCUUCCUCAGCGCCCGAACACUCUCCUCGAGGGAUGGGCUCCCGGCUCCACAGUGCUCCCAACCUGUCAGAUUUGAAUUCCUAUAUAACCAAGCAGCACUCUGAUCCUCUGGUUGCUCACUUCGGUCAUACCCCCGUCAGCCAGCCUCUGCAGAUCCAUGGCUUGCAGCACUGCCGGCAGCUCAGGUCCUCACCGAAGCUGUCUGAGUUCAUGCAGAGAAGCCCUUUGCCAACUAUAAUGGGCUCCCCUACAAAGGCUGUGUCCCCGUUUGAGUUUCCCAAAACCCCAAGUUCCCAGAAUCUCCUCACGCUCUUGGCCCAUCAGGGGGUCAUGAUGACUCCAACACGGAACAAGACCUUGCCGGAUCUGAAAGAGAUGGGUCAUUUCCACUGCCAGCAGACUGGCCUGGGAUUGAGGCCUGUGGAAGAGAUCAAGGGCAGAUCUCUGAGCACAGGCAGGCUCACUGACCUGCUUCUGAAGGCAGCUUUUGGGGCACAGAUCUCGGAAGCUGGCAGCAACGACAGCCUGAACAACGAGAAGCCGAUGGAAAUUGCAGCUCCCUCAGGUGCUUACGGAGGGACCCUGCACUCUGGUGCCCGGGCUGGGGGCUCUGCCAGCCCAUCCCCAGUGAUUUUUACUGUCGGAUCCCCUCCCAGUGGAACAACCCCCCCACAGACCACGAGGACCAGGAUGUUUUCAGUGGGGUCUUCUAGCUCGCUCAGUUCUGGAGGCUCGUUCACCGGCAGGCACUUGGCGGUGGGAGCGGGUGGAGAUGCUGCGGAAGGCCCCUCGAGUCUCCGGUACGCUUUUGCUGAUCCGAUCACUGCCAACCUGGAAAGCGCUGUUACGUUUGAGGCACCGGAGUUGCCUGAAGAGACGCUCAUGGAGCAAGAGCACACCGACAUCCUGCGCAGCCUCCGCUUCACACUGGCCUUUGUCCACUAUGUGAUGGAAAUCGCUGCCCUGAAAGGCAGCUCCAGCGAGAUGAGCAGCUCAGUGAGCUCCGAGUACCAGCUCCAGGAGAGCGUGGUGGCCGACCAGAUCAGCCUCCUCAGCCGGGAGUGGAGCUAUGCAGAGCAGCUCGUGCUGUACCUGAAGGUCGCGGAGCUCCUGUCCUCAGGGCUGCAGUUGGCCAUAGAGCAGAUCAAAGCUGGCAAGCUCUGCCUCUCCUCCACUGUCAAGCAGGUUGUGAAGAAGCUGAACGAGCUUUAUAAAUCCAGUGUCUCAUCCUGCCACUGCCUCAACAUGAGACUCCAGAGGUUCUUCCUGGACAAACAGAAACUCAUGGAUCGGAUCAACAGCAUCACCGCAGAGAAGCUCAUCUUCAGCUAUGCUGUACAAAUGGUGCAGUCCGCAGCCCUGGAUGAGAUGUUCCACCACCGAGAGGACUGCGCACAGAGGUACCACAAGGCUCUGCUGCUGAUGGAGGGGCUCCUCAACAUCAUCACUGAACAGGGGGACAUAGAAAACAUCAAUAAAUGUAAACUGUGCAUCGAGCGCAGGCUGUCGGCUUUGCUGUCGGGGUUCUGUGCCUGAUGUCAGUGUUGCUCUUCACGCACCUCGCCCCAGCUGAUCCCUUUGUUCCCAAUGGCCUGCUGCUGUGCUGGGGAAGGAUUGUGGCGGUAGGAGAUACCGCUCCGUGUUUUGUCCGUUGACGUUUUGGGAAGUUGUUCCGCAGACUCGGAUUCCUUUGUGGGGAUGUGUGACUGCAGCAAGCACGAAUGCUUCCCUGCCCGAAGGCCUGGGCGAAGACGUGGCCGAUGCGGAAAGGCUUCCCUCGUUGGCAGAGGGGACAAAGGAUGGAAGUCUGCUUCUUCCCAGCGCUUUGAAGGAUAAGACUGCUGCCCAUCCCUCUU